AUGACUUGGCUAUCAAAAGCAAUAGUUACAGUAAUGUUUAUGGCACUAAUUCUAGGUGCUGAUGGUACAAAACAUCAUAUGGACAACUGGGAUAGCUUUGAAGAGAUCGACACUAACGAUAUUUAUCAAUGGCUUUGCCAAAAUAAUCUGUUCGCUUCAUAUGUAUCCUUCUGUCGGACUACUACACCACCCAGCAGUACUACACAAUCAACAACUAGGAGUACGACAGUAGAAACAUCUGAAUCAAGUUCUACUACAACCACGUUUGAAUUAGAAACGACUACUCCUAGUACUACAGAUAGCACCAGCGUUCCAUCAUCUCUUGAACGUGCUCAUUGGUGUCAUCUUCUUAAUGGUACAUAUUUACCACUUGGUUAUACAUUCAUGUAUACAGCAUGUGCUUUGUGUCAAUGUACACAAACACGCGCUGUUGUUUGCACUACACUUCGUUGUAUGAAUACAUUUUGUAUUGAUAACUCUACGCCAAGUCCUAAACCAGGACAAUGUUGUGCACAAUGUGCAUAUGAAGCAACAUCAACUUCAUGCGAACAUAAUGGUAUCACAUUCCCACAUGGUACAAUCAUCAAAAGUAGAGGAAGUACUUUACGAUGCUGGUGUCAAUUAGGAACUAUUGAAUGUCGUAGAUCCAUAACUUCCGUUUUCGCAGGUUUAGAUUUAUGGGGCGAUGGUACAGCAAUUUAUGUUAUGAUGAUUAUCGUAUUUGUUUUGUUAUCCAUUGGUACUUUACUUUGUUGUACUUGUACAGUUUUCUAUUAUUAUUACUAUCAACGUAAUCAACAUCUUGUUCAACAAGUUUAUGAUCAAUAUUGGAAUAAUGCUGGAUGGCAACCAAUGGAUGAAGAAGGAUAUGUUGCUGAUGGUAAUGCCGAUGAAAAACAAGCAGAAGCUGAACAAAAUCAAUAUGAUUAUGAAUAUCCAACUGGUAAUUCAGAAGAAUAUAUUCCACCACCAUACGCACUUUACAAUGCUGCUUAUGCAGCUGAAGAAAAUGCCAAAGACCAAAAAAAUAUGUGA